GCGGCCCGCCGGGGCAGUCCCGCACCGAGCGCAGCCAGGCGCGCGCACCGCCGCCCGCUCUCCCUGCGCCCGCCGGCAGCCCGGACUGGGAGCCGAGGGGACAGCGGGGAUCUGGAGCUCCUGCCCGAGCCAGAGGGCGUGUCCGCCUCUGGAGGACAACCUAGAGGACAUGGAGGAAAGAUCCGCAGAGACCAACAGCAAUGUGGACAGCUCAGCACCCCCGUCAGUGGCCCAGCUGGCUGGGCGGUUUCGAGAGCAGGCAGCUGCGGCCAAGGAGACACCAGCCAGUAAACCAACAAGAAGGAAACCACCCUGCUCCCUCCCUUUGUUCCCCCCCAAGGUAGAGCUGGGCCAGAAUGGUGAGGAGAAAUCAUCACCCAAUGCCAGCCACCCUCCUAAAAUCAAGGUGAAGAGCUCACCUCUGAUUGAGAAGCUUCAGGCCAAUUUAACCUUCGAUCCAACAGCUCUGCUGCCUGGGGCCUCGCCCAAGAGUCCUGGACUCAAGGCUAUGGUGUCACCGUUUCACAGUCCCCCUUCCACACCCAGCAGCCCUGGUGUGUGGUUUCGGCCUGGUGAGGCAGAGGAGGUGCCCGUCAGCUUCGACCAGCCUCCUGAAGGUAGUCAUCUGCCCUGUUACAACAAGGUGCGGACAAGGGGCUCAAUAAAAAGGCGCCCUCCCUCCAGGCGAUUCCGAAGGUCUCAGUCGGACUGUGGGGACCUUGGAGAUUUCAGGGCUGCAGAGCCAUCUCAGGAGAAUGGUGCCAGGGAAGAGAAUGGGGAUGAAAUGUUCCCAACCAAGAGCAAUUCCCCAGGAUCCUCCCCAGCCAGUAUGGAGGUGAUGGGAGAGGGAGCAAGGGGAACCCUGGGGCCAGCAGAAAAGCCCAGCAGAACAGAGAAGCAGGAGGAGAAGGCCAGGACCCCAGAGGAGGCCAAGCAUAGUGACAAGGCUGGGCAGAAUCCAGAAGACGCUGGCCAGCGCCCAGCACAGGAGGUGCCCCAGGAACCACCCCAAACCUCCAGCCAAAAGGCAGAGAAUGGGUGUGGGAGCCCUGUGGAGGAGAAGGCAGCUGGAGAGGAAACAGAGACUGGAAAGUCUACAGAGGUGAUGGCUGAGGCGAUGGGAAAUGAAGAGGAUAGACCAGGACAGAAGAGCCAAGAUGAAAAGAAGCUGGAGUUGGGAACACUUGGGGAGGAGACCCCCCAUAGUCAUCCCACAGAAAUGGAGGACAACAAUGUCCCAGAGCAGGAGAAAGGCACAGAAAAGCAAGAGGAGGGGGCAGGUCUGGAACCAGGAUGCAGCCCUGGGGCCUGCCACACCCUGCUAGAGACCAGCAGUGAGAUCCAGAGUGGUCAUGCAGUCCCUACGGAUGACACUCCUGUUGAAGAUACUAAAAUGUGAAGGCAAGCUCACUGCGCCCUGGUGAUGACACUGCUGGAGACGUCUCUUUGGAAGUAGCAGUAACAGUAGCAGAAGCAGAAUAUGCUCCAUGUCUGAAGUCGGCCUGGGGCACAGGGUGGAUUAUUCCCUAGCCACCACACAGAAUGUUCCUCACAGAUGGAAAGUGCAGCCAAGGACAGUAGACUUUUAUCAGCUUGAGUUGGUGUUAUUUGAGGGGCUUGAUUAAAAAACAAAACAAAACUUAUUUAAAGCAAUUUCCUGCGGUGCCAACUGCCCAGGGAUACUGGUCAGCCUGUGGAGCCCCAGAGCUCUCCACCCCCCACCUUUCCCUGCCUCCGACGUCCAGCUGAGUGCUGCUUGAGCUUAUCAGAUGUUGCCUAUGUAGAGUUACAGCCUUUUCACUGUUCUAAAAUUUUUAUGAUCCUCAAAUGUAAGUAAAAACUAAUUUUAGGUGGAUGGAAUCCAAAGAAAAUAGUCUUGCUGAAAAUAUAAAUCCUUUAAGUUAUAGACCUUAAAUUGUAUCGAGACCUUAGAGAAGAUGUCAGCUUGCUCCAAAUGGGAACUGGUUAACCAAUUUCGAAAACACUGGACUUGACGAGAUAACUAUUGUAAUCUUAUUGGAAAAAAAAAGUAUGCCUCUGUUCCACCAACACGAGCUUUGCCUGUCCCAUGGUUUUCUGGUUGCUGACUAACAUGGGAGGUGACUGGCUCAGCUCACCCCCUUCUGCCAGCCCUGAGAAGCCGAACUAUGGAGGAGCUCCCAUGGGGAAAAUAGGGUGUCAAGAUGCUUUCCUCUGCAUUUCCAAAUCCUGAAGCAGAACGGUGAUGUCUAAGCAAUGGCAGUGCCCUGAUUUAUGGUGCAAGGAUGAAUCUCACUCUUCCAGAAGGUUACCCUUGAGCAGGAUUAGAUAUUUGCUGGGAGAUGCCUUGCAUACCCAGAGUGUGAGCUGCCUUAUGAAAGCUUCCUAGCUUCUCUGGGAAGCAUUUCCUGAAUCCAGGCCCAGGCUCUUCUCCAGGACUCAGAAGGAGUGAUUGGGAUCUUCUGUCUGUUCUCACCAGGUAGCUCUUGCUUUAAUAGUCUAUUUGGAGAGUGUAGGAGUGUUUGCAGGCCACAGAGCCUGACUACCCAGUCCUCAACUGAUACCCUAUCUCCUCUUCAUGCACUCCUCCUGAAGGAUGUUAGUCUGAAUAAAUGUUUAAUCUGUAGGGUUGGUCCUCAUUCUGAUUUAUUUCAGUGCCUCAAGGUGCUGAUUUGGCAGUUGGAACAAUUGUCUUUCUGGAGGUCAGUUAGAUCUCACCCAAUCCUGGCUUCACCAAACAGUCUCCCAGACAAACAGGCCUUUCAUCACUGGUGGUACCUCAGUUUUCUCAUCCAAUUUACAGUUUUCCUAAUUCCAGGACAGUGUUAAUAUCUGGGAUUUUUUUCAAAAGUAUUUUUAAAUAGUUUGUAACUUGUUACAAACUUGUAACCUGGUCAAGACGAUACUGUCAUAGUUAUUAUAAACUUUGGAUUUUUGACAGAAUUUGGAAGAUAUGUGUGUCAGUUAUUUUAAGAUCUACAUACUGUCUGCUUAUCAUCUAUCAAAAGAGAUGUCUAGCCGCUAUACAGUACACGGUUUUAUUUAUAUAUGUCUGGGGGUUGUUUACAUAUUCACACACAGGUACUUUAUACAUAUGUCAUGAUUGUGAUGUGGGAUGAAGAGAGUCACAUUCUUUUCUAGAGAAUGGCAUUGAACAAAGGGUGCAAUACAGAUAUGACAGGGAAGCUGUAUAUUCUUCUAGAGACUUUAAACAUUACAGUAGCAGAUGAGAAAGAAGCACUAAAAAUGCCUGCAGGACAUGCUUGAUGGCAUCAAAGUACCUUCUUAUCCCCCCACACCCAGAUCCGGUGUAAGUCACAUCCUUUGUCUGUUUGUGGAAAGGCAGAGGCCGCAUUCCCAAGGAGCUGUUCAUUCCUGAGGGUUCUCUUGGCAGGGAAUUCCUGAAGGUGGGGGCUGCUCCUAUUGGUGCUGCAGCCAGUGACUCAUGUUCCCCUUUCCCAAAGCAUGAACCAGGGAGUUGCACUAGCAUGGUCAGUAUGGGAUAUCUACAUUUGGGAUUAAAGAAGCCUAUCCGUGUCUUUCACAGCACAACGUCACCAGGCCAGGAAGAUCUUGGUUCUUUCAGGCUUCUUUAAAGGCCUGUAAGAAAACAAUUCUUCCUCAGGCUGAAGAGUCAGAAUCGUUCUUCUGCUAUCUCUGUAGUAUAAUUUGAGCUUCAAACUAUCUCCUCCCUUUUUCCAGAGAGGGAGCAAGGAGAAAAAAACCCAGAUGCUUUGAAGGGAUAUGCCAAAUUUAAGAGAGGAUUAUGAUGCUGUUUCAGCUACUUAUGGAAGUAGGUCACCAAGUGACCGUGAGAAGCCCCAGGAGCCUCUGACUCCGGCCUGCCACAGAUGUUACCCCUGAAAAAGCCCAGAUUGCUGCGCAGGUUUUGGCCUGAGAUUGGUCAAUUAGGUGUUCAUUGAAUGUAUGUCAAAGAAAGGAAUAAAUGAGUAGAAAGUAUCAAGUUCAUCAUCUUUUGACUAGGCUUUUUGAUUAGAUAAAAGUUUAAUGCCACUGAAUGUGAGAACACAGUUGCUGAUGACAGGGUACCAACUCAAACUGACUGAUGAAAAGCAGAACUAUGGGUGUGGGGGGGUCACACACAUCUGUAAUCCCAACCACUUGGAAGGUGAAAGUAGGAAGAUCAUGGUCCAAGUCCACCUGGAACAAAAGCACAAGACCCUAUCUGAAA